UGGCUGUGUGUAAUGCUCUUUCCAGUUUUGGAACAGACACAGCGAGCACGCAGACGGCGCCUUUGGUGAUUCUCGCACAGCACCAUCAUCAUUGAAGACGACAUGCAUACCGCUACUACAUAAGCCCUUGACCCUGUUUCGUGGGAGUGUUUACCUGCUGUUUGUCGCCACUGUCGGUGGGAGAACAAAGGCAAGAGCAACCCCGCAUUGGCCUUUCUCUCGACUUCAGGUCAUCAAACUCUUAACCGUACACAUAACCCACCACCUCGACAAUCGCAUUCGGCCCGACGUAUAUUCUCCAUUUUCCCCAAUCACAUCUCUGUACAAUCUCCAACCCCCGCCUAAGAACGCCUCAUGAACCCACUUGAAUCGCCCUUAUAUGACCCACUGACCGAAAUUGAAGGUUUUACGGAUGGUGCUCCAAGCUAUUAUCAUCCGAGUGGUAGGUGGACACAUAUGGUCGACAAACCUGUAGAGAAGAUCAAAUUUGGGACAACACUCGGCUACAGCAUGGAUCCAGGUGACCCAGUCACUUACAUUGCUAAAGGUUAUGCAAACGGGAAAUUAGUGCCAUUGCUUUGUAAAAGAUACGAUGUUUGGCGAGAAUGGCCAGGGUUUCAUACUGAGAUGUAUCUAUAUUCAUCCUCGGAGCACCUUAGACCACUUCAAGGGAAAUGCGUCCCUCACAUUAUCUCCGUUCAAACCAUCCCUGGCGGCUAUUUGACCGUGAAUUGCGAGUUGCUCAGCGUGAACGGCUGGUCAGAUGCCCACCCGGAUGGCAAAUUCAUCUCCCAAGAGAAGAAAAAACGCAUUCUUGAGGCUUACCAUCGCAUACACAAGCAAGGCGUACUGCACGGAAGUGUCAGUCUUCAUAAUAUUGCCAUCAGCGAUGACAGUCGCGUCCACAUUCUCGACUUUCGCAAGUCCCGAGCCCUUGUGUCCUGUCGCGCCGUUGGACUAUAUUCGUGCACGCAAGAGGAAUUAGAUUUUGAGAUGCGGUAUGUCCGCUUCAUCUUGGACUGGAACGGCGCCAAAAGGAAAGAGAAGGAAAUGUGGAUGGGGGAUUCCGCUGGAAGUCAGAAACAGUGGCUCGCAGCUGACAAAGCUCGCUUACAACGUUCCCCUACCAAUAUCGUGCCACGCCAGAGCCACGAACUAUGGGACGUUGAGAAGGAGGAGUGAAAACAUGUGGUUCCUUCUUCGUUUGUCGAUGAUUGCUUUUUCAC